GGAGAGUGAGUGUGAAGAGUAGUGUUUGUAGUGUGUGAGAUUUCAAAAUAAAAAUGUCACAGAGUGCAAUUACAAAUUACUUUAUCAAACGCAAAAGACAUACAGCAGAUGAUGUUAAAACGCAGUCUAAAGUUCUUAUCAUUGAUAAACGAAACGAAAACUUACAAAACGAUUCAUGCAAAACGAUUCUACGAGGUGACGCUAAGGCUGAUGGAGAAAACAGUAACAGGAAAAUUAUAUUGAAAUGUUCUUCGGACAGCCAGAAUCCUGUGCAAAAAAGCACUUUGAGUGAACAAAAAAAUAAGUCAAACAUCAGACGUUGUGGAAAGAAGACGCUCCCAGAAAAGAGAGUUUCAUUUAAUUGUGAUAUCAGAGAAUCGUUUCAAAAUGCAAACAAGAAGUUUCCAAUCGUCGAGAAAAGUGAGACAAAGGAAACUUGUCUUGAAAGUAAACCAUCAGAGAAUGGAAGCUCACAGCUCAACCAGGGUAUUUCUCCAGAAGGUGGAGAAAUGGUGGUGUUGCAGCUUUCCCCAUGUGAAAAGAAAUCUAAAGCACUCCAAUCCAUGGAACCACUUGAAAGUUGUCAGGACAAGGUACAGGCUGGGAAACCACUAGACAUAACCAUUGCUCGCCAAGAACUGGGACUCAUGACUCCUAAAAGGCUGCAGGAGAACUCCUGUCUUCCAAAGGAGUUGUCACUUGCUGAAAUUAGAAACAAAUUAUCAAGAAGCACCAGGCUAGCUGAGCUGAAAGAAAAAGUUACCAAAAUUAACAGAUGUGCUACAAAACUGAAAGAACUAGAAACGAGAAGGAAAGCAUUGGAAACUCCUGGCACACCUAAAAUACAAAAGUUCAAAGCUCUUGACAUAGAGGUUCAAGUUAGCCCUCAGAGCAGUGUUAGCAGCACACCACAGAAGUUGUUGAGCCCACUCAAGAGCCCUCUGAAAUCACCUGCUCAUCAGCGAUAUGCAGCACUUGCACGAUCUGAGGUGCCAUCAUUACCUUUGCCUUACUCUUACCGUUGUCUGGCUGAGGCGUUCCGCUGUCUUGAUACAGUUGUCUCCAUGAUGCACAAUCGCAAAGAAGCUGUCACAUUCAACAAAGUUAGUCCUGCUGUGCGCGAGAUGCUUAGGAAAGAAUUCACAGAAUUUCACCUGGGUCAAAUAAAGCAUGUAUAUCCAGAAGCAUAUACUUACACUCAGCAGAAAUGCCAUGCUUUUGGGUGUGCAGUGAAGCAAGAGAAAUAUGAGCUUACACUGGUGCCAGUGUUUGUUCUAGUUGGUGUAGAUAACUCAAAAGUUGAACCAACAAUGACUCCCUCUUAUCUUCUGGAGCGAAGGAAAGUGUUCCAUAGUAAAUUACUGGAAAUAGUGAAAGAUCAGCAUGAGGCUUUUUUAAAGACUUUGGAUCCACCAUUGAUACUGGAGAAAUCAAAGUUGACACGUUGGCAUCCAGAAUUUGAUAUUGAUAAAUUGCCUGAUGUGCCAACAGAAUCACUGCCAAAACCACCAAAUGAAAUUAGUUAUCGGAAAGCUAAAGAUGUCCUUGAAUGUGCAAAGGAUAUCUUUCAGUGCAAUAAAAGAAUGGAAAAUGCCUUAAAACUUGUAAGUGAAAAACAAUCUCAAAGCAAAACUGAAGCUAGAGUGAAUGAGAGGGUUGAAGCAUUUAAGACAGAUUUAUAUAAGGGAAUUCCUAAAUCUGUGCUUGAGAAGGUUCGAGCAAAACAAGCAGCAAAGACACUUAAAGAAAUGACUAUAAAACCAGAAGAAGAGAAAGAAAUAGUAAGGUACACUAGGCUUCCUGAAAUAGCUCGUAUUUUACGUACUCUCUUUGUUGCGGAACGCAGGAGAGUUUUACCAGUGGAGCUUGUCCUGGAUAAGCUGCGAGACAGUACAAGAGAAAAUCUUUCUUCAUCUGAGCUUCAGGUGCACAUUGAGCUGCUGAUCAAAAGUGUGCCAGGUUGGGUUGAAUUUGAGCUGGUAAGGACAUCCAAGUAUUUGAGGCUGUCAAAGAAUGGUGACAUGUCUAAAGUGAUGAAACGCUUGGAAACAUUAGCAGAAACUAAAAGCUCAUUGUAAGCAAUAAGACAUUUAAUCAUAGGCCACAAUGUUACUUGUGAUGAUGUUACAUGUAUUGUGUUCAUUCACAUGUGGGAAGGGAUAAAGUAAUGAAAACGUACAUCAUAUUUGUAUAGAUAAAUGUUGUGCAGUCAUUCUGGCGGUGUUUGUCCCUCCUAGGACUGUGAACUUGUUAGUUCUGAGACUUCAAAUAAAGUCUUUUAGAACUGAUCAUGCUAAUGAACUGUGUAUUUUUACCAUACAAAUUUAUUUAUUGUUCACACACUUUCUUUUUAAAGUCAUCAUUGUUCCUGUCUUAGUAAGAUCAAGUCUCUUUUUGUGUUUGCUGUCAUUUACAUUUUUCUAUUUUGGUAACUUCGGAACCAGCUUACUUGUGAGAGGAUGGAGUCGGUAAUUUUUAUAAAAGUGCAAUUUAUUUUUCUUCUGUAUUAUAGUAAAGAUGAAAAAUUUGUAAUCAAAUGAUUUUUGAAACAUUUGUAAGAAUAUUUUAUUCCAGAGGUAGUACAAGUAAUUUAUAACUUCCUUCUAAAUCGGUUUUAGGCUUACAUCUACUUGUUAAUAAAGUGGCAUUUC